GCCAUUUCGGCGGUUACGUCGUAGUUUGACUCCGUCUGACACCAGUGACAAGGAACAUCUCCAGGUUGACGCGUAGACUUACGAAGCCUUGCUGCGAAGACUGGGAUUUCAAGAGUCCGACAGGAGAACAUGGGAAGGACAGCUGGCCAAAACACCAAUCUCUCUGAUCAGAUAUAAAACAGCCUAGUCCUUACAUCCUACGACAAGCGUAUAGUGUCAACAUUCUUCUUUGAUGGGACGGUUGUAGUAGGUAUGACGCCCGAAGAUAUCGAGGCGCUCUUUGAGAGUGGCACCCAUGCACAAAACACUGGCCAGGAUGAAGACGAGACAAUCUCAGACGAGGAGAAGGUCUCGAGGACCCGCAAGCUGAGAAACGUCUUCCUGGCUGCGCAGCAUGCCUGGUUGUCGGGGUCUGAGUCUAUCGAUCUUAUUGCAGAGAAGCUCGGCGAUGGAAGCCGGGAUGCUUCAUGGAGAGUCCCCAUCGGAGACUCGGGGCUCCUCGAGUUAUUCCUCAAGAUUCUGCCGCUCGAUGGGCUGCGGCAGUCCCUGAGGAUGCACACAUUGCGACUCGUGGGAAACUCAUGUGCGGAUACAGACGAAAACCGUGCGAGGGUCAUCGACUCAAAUCAUCUCGGUUCCAUCAUCAGUCUGCUCAGCAACGAUUCGCUUCUAGCUUUUGUGAUACCCGUCCUAUAUAAUAUCUGCGUUGACUAUGAACCGGCUCAGCUCCAAGCUUCUAAUGCUGGCCUAAGUGCUGCCCUUGUCGACAUCGUCCGCAGUCAACGACUGCUGCACUGCCGACCUUUCCUGAACAUUCUAUGCAAGAUCCUGCUGCUACUCAUCUCUCAAGAGCACGAGGUCGACCUGGCCAACCCGGCAACCCCAGCCCUGUUCCUCAACUUCGCUACUAGCAGAACAUACCCACCAGAUCUGGACGAGUUUUGCGAGACCACCUCCGUGGCUUUAGCAUACCUUUCACAUGAACAGUUCCAGACCAAUUUCCUGGAAUCCGGCUGCUUUGAGCUCCUGAUAGAGGCAUUCUCCGAUUCGUACUCCCGUUUCGACAUCGCAAACACGGACCCCGAGGACGUUGGGCAGUUGAAGCAGAUCUGGACCGGAUUUGUCAAAGCCCUCGCAGACAUCUCCGCUCUACCAUCCUUCCCCUUGCGCCAUCCAGUCGGCAGUCCGGUGAUACAGCGGCUGAUAAACUGGCUCAGCGGCCCUCCCUCGUACACCCACCUACAAACGGCAGCCUGUCUGUGCCUCGGGAACGUUGCCAGGUCUGACGAUGCGAGCAUCGCCAUUGUCAAGGAUGUCUUCCCCCCACUAUUGACAAUCCUCACCAAGGCCGGCCCCUCCCUCUCAACCACGAGCCCGCCCACCUCUACGCCGCCGUCCCAGCUCCUCCACGCCGUCCUGUCCUUCCUCAAGAACCUGGCCAUCCCGCCGGCGAACAAGCCCCUCCUGGGCACCCUCCUCAGCCCGCCGCAGUCCGUCCUCCCGCACCUCUGGUCCGCGACCGACGCCCAGCCGCAGACGCAGUUCGCCGCCGUGUCGCUGACGCGGCUCCUGCUGACGGGCUGCCCGGCCAACGUGCGCCUCGCCUGCGCGCCCCUCAGCGCCGACCCGGCCUCGCCCGCCCGCGACCGCAGCAACCUGCACCUGCUCAUGGCCCUGCGCGCCCGCGCCGACGCAGAGCCCACCAAGCUCGAGGCCGCCCGCGCCGUCGCCGCCGUGUGCCGCGCCCUGCACUCCACGCCCGUGUCGCAGGUCCUGCCGGCGGGCUGGGCGGUCGCAGCGGACCGGCGGCGGGAGGGCUUCUACGCCGCGCACGUCGACGACGUGGCGGCGUCGCUGGUGCAGCUGGUGACGCAGGCGCGGUUCCCGGCGCUGCGGUCCGAGGGCUGGUUCGUGCUCGCGCUGAUGGGCCGGGCCGCGGACGGGGCGCGCGUCGCGGCGCAGGCGCUCGAGGCCAUGGAGGUGUGCCGCGCCCUCGUCGAGGCCGCCACGGGCCGCGACAUGCUCGAUGGGCACGAGCUGCUUGCCGGGGGCGAGGGAACGGAGAGGGGAGGGGCGAAGGGGGCGUCGGGCGAGACGGAUCUCAUUGAUGGGUUGGGAUUGGAGCCACAGCAGGUCGAUCCGGCCGCGGCGGCUGGCAUGGCGAGGGUUGACAGGGAGAACUGCCUGGUGCUGGUGGCGGAGAUCCUGAGGCACUGCGCGGACUGCCUGCCGCCGGUUAAGAGGAACCUCUUGGAGGAGAUAUUGUCGAGGGGAGGGGAACAGGUCCUGAAUGAGAGGCAGGGCAGGGCAGGGAAUGCUACCGGCUCGGGAACCUAACAAGACGAAGAAGGGUCUUCAAGAUGGGCGUAUAUGGGAAGCAUUUAGAUGGAACCUCCUCGCUCACGUUUUAUCUGUAUAGAGUAGAAACAAAUCCACACUCAUCCAGCGAUUCUCGUGAACUGGGC